ACACACUUAAAGGAUGUCCUUUUUCAGCUUCUUCAUGUCCUCCUCACCAUGUCCAUCAAUGGUCUCCCCGCCAUCAUCACCGUCUUUGUCAACCACAUCUUUGUUGUCUUCCUUUUCUUCAAAUUCAUGCAGUACGAACCUGCCACCUUUAGUCCAGGUUCCCCUCCUCAGUCUUGACACCCCUACAGCAGAAGAAGAAACGAGUAGUUUGGGAAAAAAAGGUUGUGAAAAACGUAAUUGUAAACGUAAACGAGUCGUUGACAAGCUACUUCAAUUUUGUAAAAAUGGCAAACUUCAGCGGGGCUGCAUGAAAGAGGUUGCUGCAGAAUUCAACAUAUCAACCAAAACUGUUGGAAAGAUGUGGAGUAUAGCUAAGACUCAAAUGCAGGCAGGUCUACCUGUGGAUGUUCAGUGCAAGUGGAUAGGGAAUUCUGGAAAGAAAAGGGGUACUGUUGACACGCAAAAAAUGUUAGCAGUACCCUUUCACAGAAGGAAGAACAUGCGCGCCUUAGCCUUUGCAAUGGAUGUUUCAAAAUCAACAGUCCAAAGGUGGCUAAAGAGCAAGGACAUAAGAAGACAUUCUAAUGCCAUCAAGCCUUUUCUGUGUGAAAAAGGUAAGCUCAAAAGACUGAAAUACUGCUUGGAUCAUAUUACUUCCCCAUCCAUUCCCAUAAACCCCACAUUUCAUCAUUUCUAUGACUACAUUCAUAUUGAUGAAAAAUGGUUUAACAUCACAAAGGAAAAGACAACAUUUUAUGCACUACCAGAAGAACCAGACCCAUACAGAAUUGCUCAAUCAAAGGCUUAUAUACCAAAAAUCAUGUUCCUAGCAGCUGUUGGUAGGCCUAGGUUUGGGAAUGAUGGGGCUGUCCUCUGGGAUGGGAAAAUAGGUAUAUUCCCAUUCACAUUUGAAGCUGAGGCCAAAAGGUCUAGCAAAAACAGGCCAGCAGGUACAUUAGAGGUCAAGGCAACCACCACUAUAAACAAAGAUGAAAUGAAAAAGAUGCUACUGGAAAAAUUACUGCCAGCAAUAAAAGAAAAAUGGCCUGGUCCAAGAAGAGAUGUAAUAAUACAGCAAGAUAAUGUUAAACCACAUGUGGAUGUGAAUGACCCAGAGUUUGUACAAGCUGCACAGGAGGGUGACUAGAACAUUAAGCUUCAAUUCCAGCCUCCUAAUAGCCCAGACCUUAAUGUUUUGGAUUUGG